UCCACAGAGAAGGCACUCAGAGGGAAUAUCCCCUUAGUAAGCUCUCAAGCCCUAGCCCUCUCCAGCUUCUCAUUCUUUCACCAGCAACCAUGAGCACCAGAAUCCCGAGCACCGCCUUCACAUCCAGGGGAAGCAGUGGAGUUGGCUAUGGAGGCCGUGUUGUCAGGAAGAGCUUCUCCAGUCAGUCCUAUAGUGCGCCCAGCAGCACCAGGAUAAGCUAUGGCGGUAGCUUCCGCCGGCCCGGCAUUGGUGGUGGUAUUGGCAUUGGCGCUACCUCAGGCUUCAGCCUGAGCAGCAGUGCUGGAGGCUACGGAGCAGGCUAUGGUCUUGGUGCAGGUCUUGGUACAGGUCUUGGUGCAGGUCUUGGUACAGGUCUUGGUGCAGGUCUUGGUGCAAGUCUUGGAGCUGGCCUCGCUGCAGGUAGUGGCUAUGGUGCAGCUGCUGGUUUUGGUUUAGGAGCAGGAGCAGGAGGAGUAGGACCUGGGUAUGGCAUUGGUGCAGGUUUUGUGGCACCCCCAAUCACUGCUGUCACAGUCAACCAAAGCCUCCUUACCCCUCUUAACUUGGAGAUUGACCCCACCAUCCAGAUCGUCCGCACACAAGAGAAAGAAGAGAUCAAGACACUCAACAACCGCUUUGCCUCAUUUAUUGACAAGGUGCGUUUCCUGGAGCAGCAGAACAAGAUGUUGGAGACCAAGUGGAAUCUUCUUCAGGAACAGACCGCAUCACGUUCCAACAUUGAUGGUAUGUUCGAUGCCUACAUUUCCAACCUACGCAGACAGCUGGACGGCCUUGGAAAUGAGAAGAUUAAGCUGGAUGGAGAGCUGAAGAACAUGCAGAGCCUGGUGGAGGACUUCAAAAACAAGUAUGAGGAUGAAAUCAACAAGCGUGCUAUUGCAGAGAAUGAAUUUGUUGUCCUAAAGAAGGAUGUCGAUGGAGCCUACAUGCAAAAGAUUGAGCUUGAAGCUAAAGUUGAUGCACUUCAGGAUGAGAUCAACUUCCUCAGAACUGUAUAUGAGGCGGAGCUGCUGGAGCUUCAGGGACAGAUCAAGGACACAUCAGUUAUUGUCGAGAUGGACAAUAGUCGCAACUUGGACUUGGAUGCCAUUGUGACCGAGGUCCGUUCUCAGUAUGAGGACAUUGCCAAUCGCAGUCGUGCUGAGGCUGAGACAUGGUACAAGCAGAAGUUUGAGGAAAUGCAGACGUCUGCUGUCAGCUAUGGUGAUGACCUUCGCAACACCAAGGCUGAGCUUGCAGAGAUCAACCGCCUGAUCUCACGACUCCAGAAUGAAAUUGAGGCAGUGAAGGGACAGCGUGCCAACCUGGAGACACAGAUUGCAGAGGCUGAAGAACGAGGUGAGUUGGCAAUGAAGGAUGCUAAACAACGUAUUAGAGAACUAGAAGAAGCCCUGCAGAGAGCUAAGCAGGACAUGGCCCGACAAGUGCGCGAGUACCAGGAGCUCAUGAAUGUCAAACUGGCCCUGGACAUUGAGAUCGCCACCUACAAAAAACUCCUGGAAGGAGAGGAGACUAGGCUUGCCUCUGGUGGUGGACCUGCAACAGUCCAUAUUCAGGAAGUUAGCAGUGGUGUUGGAUCUGGUGCUGGUUACGGCGUUGGUCUGGGCUACGGCGGGGGCGCUGGCCUUAGUCUGGGUGGUGGCGGAGGCGGCUAUGGGCUGGGUGUUGGCGGAGGGAGCUUGGGGCUGGGUAGUGGUUUGGGCCUGGGAGGUGGCUUGGCCCUGGGUGGUAGUGGUUCUGGCAUUGGCUAUGGAGGUGGCUAUGGAGGUGGCUAUGGAAUCAGUCUGGGCGGAGUUGGUAGUGGAUAUUCUCGCUCCUCUGUGGUAUCUGCCAGCCGCCGCUAAUCAGGGAUUAGUGCGGAAAAAAAUGCCCACUAAUCGGCCACAGCCAUAACACUACUGUCAUUCAGCACCCCUUUCCCCACCAUUACCACCACUCACCCUCAUUUAUCAUGUCCAGCCCAAUGCUAUAGGUAUUUAUAGAGCAUCUACUGACCUGUGUCAAAUAUGUUUACAUGUGUCUCUCAUGCAGCACAUCAUCUCAAUGCAACAUAAGAACAGUGGAUGUUUUAUAUCUACAGAAUGGUAUGAUGAGUUCAAGUGUGUAAAGAAUAAAAGAAUUAAAGACAA